AUGGCUAGGGGAGUCGCGAAUCAGAACGAGUCGACAUUGACUCGAAUUGUUGAUUCGGUGUUCGCCUUUGUGAGACAUGCUGAGUUUGAGAUCCUCUUCUUUCUUUUCUUCUUCAUCGCUUAUAUUCUCUUCAAAGAUAUCACAUCAAGAUCUGAAUACAAUCAAGUAUUUGUGAAGAAGCCUGAAGGUGGACCAGAACUUUGGCCCUUUUAA